CAUUUGGACGUCGCCAGGUCGAGUGGUAUUUCGUUUUCCCGCAGUGUGUCUCGCACAGUCAGUACAGCCCUUCUGCCAGCUCCUAUCCAAAGGUUUUGUGCGUGUGUGUGUUUCGUGUAGCCGAGUUGUCUAGCUUGUAUGUGUGAUUGUUACGUUGGCGUAUGUUGGAGUGAUUGUUUGCUGUGAACAGUGGCGUUUCAGAAAAAAAGAAACGUAUAAAACAAAAGGAAAACAUCUCCGGUUCGACACUAGACGGCAAAUAAGUUUGAACAGCAUAAAGAAAGCGGUCACUGAGAUAUCUUUCAAAACCCUACAAAUACGAUCUUUUGCUGCCUCGGACCUGCCUCUCAAAGUUUGGGUUUCAACUACGCCUGCUAGCGUUGAAAGAGCGAUCCGCUUGAAAUACUAAAGCGAACGGAAAUGUCGGCCCCAGAUGGUCUUGCACCAGGAGCGGGAGCGGGUGGAGAGCCGGGAGCAGAUGGAAUCGUUGGGGGACCAAGGACGCCCCAACAGAUCGCAGCUCAGAAGCGGCUGCAGCAAACGCAGGCACAGGUCGAUGAGGUUGUAGAUAUCAUGAAGACGAACGUCGAGAAGGUGUUGGAGCGUGAUCAGAAACUUUCGGAACUGGAUGAUCGAGCCGACGCUCUGCAGCAGGGUGCCUCGCAGUUCGAACAGCAGGCUGGUAAAUUGAAGAGGAAAUUCUGGCUACAGAAUCUAAAAAUGAUGAUAAUAAUGGGCGUCAUUGGGCUUGUCAUACUUGCAAUUAUUGUAGCGAAAUUCAUGCCUGCAGACCAACCGCAGCAACCCAUGAUGAUGAUGGGAGGGCAACCGAUGCAGCAGAUACCGAUGCAGCAAAUGCCGGCGGCACAACCGGCUCAACCCGCCGCUCCGGCGGCCUUGGUUCAGGACGUAUCGUCGCUGCUGACCGGUGGUUCGCAAUUAGUCAAGAACUAAGUCAUCAACAGGAGUACUAGAGAGUGAGAGUGAAGGGGCGAAGAGGACGGAUAUCGUCAAUUCCACUAUCUGACUACCGCCGGUGGUGAUGCUAGCGACGAAUCCUCGUGUUCCUUCCUCUCUGGCCAUAAACAUCCGUAAGUCGUCGUCGUCAAUAGUAUGAAUCGCAAAGGAAGGCAUGGGUAUUAACCGACGAGUAGAUCGAGUUAGACGAAAGAUAGGUGCAAUCAAAUGGUAGCUCUAAUUUGCGCAAUUUGGGAAUGGAAUGGUAAUGGAAUGUGUACUCAGUGAAUGUUUACCAACAAUUUCCGUUGAUCGAUUUUGGAAAGAUGAAGGAACCGGAAGUGAUAGUAUGAACGCACACUCAUUCUAAUUUUUGGAAUCAGAAUUUCCAUUUGAAAACGAAAAGAAAGAAAUAGAACAUCUACACUUCCGUUCGAGGGAAUUUUUGCAUGUCGAGAAGAGCAAGGGAAGCAUGUCGUUUAAUGGUAAAACAGAAAGAAGAGAAAAUUCACAAAAUGUUAAAAUUCAAAAUUUUAGUAGAACUGCAACCAUAGCGCAGAGAUGGAAAAAGUGAGAAGAGAUAGAGGUAGAGAUAGACGCAGAGGGUUAAAGCAUUUACCUGUUCCAUGAUUCAUCAUAUUAUUAUUGUUGCGCCGUUCGAUUUGAUAGGAAAAUGUACUAUGGGGUAUUGAACGACUAGCUCGUCGUUCUGCCUUAGCCAGGGCCAUCUUGUUUUCUGAAGCCCUCGUGCGCCCUUAAUCAAGCGUUUAACCUUUGCACUGAGGGUUGUGUCUAGUUCCAUCUCUACCAACAAGCAACGAACAAUGCAGGAGAGACCGUUAAUGUCAGUUAAACAAAACAACAAAAAUUACAUUGCAACAAUAAACAGAAUUAUUCCAACGGAAGUCAACCAACUAGCUACUCAUGAGGGGACGCACCACGAAUUGACAGCUCUGCGGUAACCCCUUUAUGUGAAUCUCGGCUUCCACGGCAUCCGUGUUGUUAUAUGGAGAAUAUGGAGAAAUAUGGAGCUUCGUGAGUGAAAGAACAUGAGUUAGUUCGUGAUAUUGCGUUAUUCGUUGUAUCGAUUUUCGUUAGCAAAUCCAUCGAAAUGGUAAGAGUCAAAUGAGUUGUAGCUUGGUCGUAACGCUGUUUUUGCCAUUAGAAAAAAGGGGAGAGGUGGAGGGAGAGCGAAUUGUGCUGUGGCUCCCGAAGCAUGAAAGAAGCAGCAGCAACAGCAAGACCGACAGGAAACGAAAAAACAACCGAUCAAAUAUCAUAAAUUCCAGAAAAAAUAUUGGAAAUUGAGAGCAUUAUUUCUAAUACAUACUUCAGAAAAAACAAGCCAGAAGAAAAAAAGAAAGAAAACAAAACGAUAUUUUGAAGACAUAAGAAUGAAACCAAUAAAUUGUUAGUUAAAAUAAAUUGCAAAUAUGAUAAAUACAAAACUAUCCAAGCAACACAACAACAAGAAGAGAACAACAUAACAUACAAAAAAGACGGCAUACAAAUAUCAAUCAACUCAACGAUGUGAAAAUAGUAAAUUAGCUUGCAUGUUUAAUUAUAUUCCUUUCGGGUUAGCGCUAAAAAACCGAGAGAGAAAAUGAAUACAAAAGAGUGGCAGACAAAAGGGGAAAAGAAUGAAAGGCCCUCCUAUACUGUCAGCGAUUAGUAGUUAUUUUGAAUGGUUCCAUCAAAUGGAAACAUUGUAAAGGUCGUAACAAAUUGAGGAGAUAGUUCAUCCUUAGCUACCACUCACUUGCAGGAGCACCAGCAUAAGUCAUACGAUACAUACGCCAAAUGCGCACGUUCACUUACAGAUAUACACACAUACAUCGUACGUAUAUCCACUCGUAGCCACACAUACACAUCAUCGGCAUAAUUUGGCCAUUUGAAAAAGAAAGAGAAUACAUUUCCGAGAACAUCAAACUUAAAUUGGACUACAGAAUAGAGAAAAUAUCGUAAAACACUCGAAAGCAUGGUGAAUGUAACGAAAACCAGGUACAUAAUGAUUACAAUUGAUACGCAACUGGUAAUAUAACGCAUCUGUUGGUUUAGUCAUGAAGAACAGAGGGAGAGAACAGAAACGGAUUAUGAAAGAACUGGAACAACAGAGGCAAAACAAAAGAGAGAGCUGAAAUGUUCUUUCACAUACACCCUUAAGAAUAUCAUUUCUAUUUCACAUUCCAAAACAUUCCCAAAUCGUAUGAAAACAAAGCGAUGCCUAAUAUGCUCACACCAAUCUUAUCCCCUUUUUCCACCCAAUACUUAGGAAAUAUUGUUUAUUUUUACCUUUUGUCACUCGAAUAAACAGCUAUAAAAACAAAGACGGACGAAGUGCAGAAAAACAAACGAGACCAUGGCAAGACUAGAGGAGCGAAAAGUAAAUUAAACACGGAUGUCAACAAAGCAAAACGUAAAAAAAAGAAUCUUAACAGCAGCUAGACAAAACGAAACAAAAGACAACUAAGUUAGAGAAAAAACUCACACACAUAUAUAUACAUUGAUCAAGCGAGCGGGGGUGUGAAAAAAAUCAUAAAAAUCCAGAAAAAUGGUAAAACUAAUAAAACAAAUGGGAAAAUAUAUAAAUAAACUAUAUAUAUACAUAUAUAUUAGCUUUGAAAAUUGUAAAAAACAUACGACAGAAAGUACUAAGAAACAUCACUGCAACAACAAACACAUGUACGUGCUUCAUUGUUAUCUAUACUUACGCGGUACGACGACUAACGUGUCCGAGCCGAGAGAAAGAAGGAGUUACGAUUGUUCAGUCCGCAAGCUUGCCAGAGAGCAAGUCAGUUAUAUUACCAGGAUAACGCCAAACGCAGCCGGUCAACCAGAUGGAGCUUGGACGAAGCCAGUAGUGCGCAAGCUUUUAAAAAAGGCUUGUGGUUAAAGUUGAAAUGAUCGAGGCAGGCAUUGCUGAUAGAAAAGGGACACCUGAAGGGAGUGAGGGACAAAUGCAAAGUAAACACAACGCGUGUUUCCGACGCGGUGAGAAUAGCGCGAAUAAGAUACAGAACGAAGAGGAUUAACGAUGAGAGUAUAGAUAAUAAUGAACAGAGAAUAUAUAAUUAAAGAUUAAUAAAGACAAUUAACUAGUGUAU